AUGUUCGAUAUUCUACAUAAUAGAUUCAAUUUUGCCGCCAUUGAUAGGAGGUUUGUAAUAUCGACGGCAACGGAAACGGAAACCGUGCAGUCAGCCUUAGUUGCAGAUGUUAUUACAGAGAUCCUCGAAAAUCUGAGUGCCCGUGAUUUACUUUCGGCACUUCUAGUUAGCCGAGAAUGGUGCCAAGUCGCUGUUCCAAUGUAUUGGAAAGCUCCAUUCAGUUAUACAAAGAAAAGGAGUAUGGCCGCACUAAAGAUUUACGAAUUGUUUCUUGAACGAGGAAGCAGUACACUUCUAGGAACGAAAGAAGAUUCUACACGGGGUGCAGUUCAAGAGACGCCGCUUUAUGAUUAUCCGUUGUUUCUCAAAGAACUCAAUUAUACAAACUUACUAGAAUUAGGAGAAAGUGUUGAAGCAAUACUUCAAAUACUUCAAAUGCUAACAAAUCGUGGAAUUCGUCUGAACACUUUUGUUAUGGAUAAUACCGGUACAAAUAGUGAAAUAUUUUAUGGAAUAUGGACAGCACCACGCUAUGCCCCUAUAUUCAGUUCCCUCAUUCACGUUGAAAUACACACGCCUUUUUUAAAAAAUAAUGUCAUGAAGACAUUAGCAAACAAUUGCACCAGGCUGUCUCAUCUUGAUAUCAAUCUUUACGAUAACUCUUCUAACCGUGUUAUAGAAACGUUCUAUUAUCUUAAGAAACUCUUAUCUCUUCAGCAAUGCCCUUUGAAUCUUCGAUUGGUGUUUCCAAACGGACCUGGAAAAAUGCUAAUGAACACAUUGCAGUCCCAGCAGCUUGAAUCCUUUAAACGUCUUGAGCUCGUAAAGUGGAACUUCAACGGGUGUGAAUGGAGAUGGUUGAAAAUGUGUCCAAAUUUGACCGAAUUCGCAAUCACAAGCCCACCCCAAACUCAAGUCUCUGACAUUUUGGGCACUAUAUACGAAAAUUAUCGUUUGAAACUAUCGAAAAAUUAUAAGAUUACAACUGCACAUUGGCAUUUUGACAAAGACGACGGAGUCUCUUCAAU